AUGUCCAGUGAUGAGACAAAGACUCUCAGCAACGAUGGCUCUGUCACGGGAGACGAUGAGGUCCCUCUAACAACCAAGGAAUGGGCCAUGAAGCCAGACGUUGUCAAGUUUCAUGACAGAGACCAGGCCUCGGGCUUCCCGCGCCGCAAACUCGGCGUCACCUGGACCGAUUUGACCGUCAAGGCCCGAAGUGCGGAAUCCGCGAUACACGAAAACGUGACAUCACAAUUCAACAUUCCCAGAAUCAUCAAGGAGUCGAGACACGAGACGCCCCUUAAAACUAUACUGGAUGCUUCACAUGGUUGUGUCAAGCCGGGCGAGAUGCUGCUCGUGCUUGGCCGCCCGGGAUCCGGAUGCACUACGCUGCUGAACCUGCUGACGAACAAAAGACUCGGCUACGAGCACAUCUCUGGCGAGGUCUUUUACGGAUCCAUGAAGGCAAGCGAGGCACACAAGUACAGAGGCCAAAUCGUCAUGAACACGGAAGAGGAGGUCUUCUUCCCUACGCUCACCGUCGGUCAAACCAUGGACUUUGCAACCCGCCUCAAGACACCAUUUCACCUGCCCAAGGGGGUCAGCAACAAGGAGGAGUAUCGCCUAGAGGCCAAGAAUUUCCUGCUGAAGUCGAUGGGCAUCGAGCACACAUUCGACACAAAGGUCGGCGAUGCCUUCGUGCGCGGCGUCUCCGGCGGCGAGCGAAAGCGCGUUUCCAUCAUUGAGUGCCUUGCUUCCAGGGGGAGCGUGUAUUGCUGGGACAACUCGACCAGAGGCCUCGACGCCAGCAAUGCUCUCGAGUAUGCCAAAGCCAUCCGCGCGUUGACAGAUGUGCUUGGCCUGGCAUCCGUUGUCACUCUGUACCAGGCCGGCAAUGGCAUCUACAACCUCUUUGACAAGGUGCUGGUCCUGGACGAGGGCAAGCAAAUCUACUACGGGCCAAUGAGCGAGGCACAACCCUUUAUGGAGGGCCUGGGCUUCAUCUGCGACGACGGCGCCAAUGUCGCCGACUUCUUGACCGGGGUCACGGUUCCAACCGAGCGCAAGGUCCGCAACGACAUGUUCCACAAGUUUCCCCGGACCCCGGACGACAUCCGGGCUCGGUACCAAGACGGCAAGAUUUACGGCCGGAUGAAGGCCGAGUACGACUUUCCCGCCUCGGCCGGCGCAAAGCUCGAGACGGAUCUCUUCCAGCAAGCAAUCCACUUGGACAAGGAAAGGGGGCUCCCGAGGAACAGCCCCAUGACGGUCGGCUUUGUCCAACAAGUCAAGGCAUGUGUAAUCCGGCAGUACCAGAUUCUCUGGGGAGACAAGGCCACUUUUAUCAUCAAGCAGGUGUCGACAAUUGUGCAGGCCGUCAUAGCCGGCUCGUUGUUCUACAACGCGCCCGCAACUUCUGCCGGCCUCUUUGUCAAGUCUGGCGCGUGCUUCUUUGCGUUGCUGUUCAACAGUCUCUUGUCCAUGUCCGAGGUCACCGAGUCGUUCAACGGACGUCCGGUUCUCCUCAAGCACAAGUCGUUUGCCUUGUUUCAUCCCGCCGCCUUUUGCAUCGCCCAGAUUGCUGCCGACAUCCCCGUCAUUCUGUUCCAAGUCUCUGCCUUCUCCGUCGUACUCUACUUCAUGGUUGGGCUGACCAUGGACGCCGGCAUCUUCUUCACCUUUUGGAUCAUUGUGGUAGCAACUACCUUUUGUAUGACGGCCCUGUUCCGGUCCAUCGGAGCUUCGUUCAAGACCUUUGACGCGGCCUCCAAGGUGUCUGGGUUCCUCAUCAGUGCGUGCAUCAUGUACACGGGGUACAUGAUUCAGAAGCCGCAGAUGCACCCUUGGUUCAUCUGGCUCUUCUGGAUCGAUCCUCUGGCGUAUGCGUUCGACGCCCUGCUGUCAAACGAGUUUCACGGCAAGAGGAUCAACUGCGUUGCCAACAACCUGAUUCCGAGCGGCCCCGGCUUCAACAGCGUCAAGAACCAGGCGUGCGCCGGGGUCGGCGGCGCUGUUCCUGGCCAGGCUUUUGUCGACGGCGAUGCUUACCUCGCGUCCUUGUCGUAUAGCCACGCCCACAUGUGGCGAAAUCUUGGCGUCGUCUGGGCGUGGUGGGCGCUGUUCGUCUUCAUCACCAUCGUUGCUACAACUCGAUGGCGCUCGUCCUCUGAGGCUGGCCCGAGCCUUUUCAUCCCCAGAGAUACCGCAAAGGCGUACGCAGCCAACCUCCAGAACAAGGAAAGGGACGAGGAGGGACAGCAGGAGGCCCCAGAGGCCGUCGUCUCGAGCGCAUCCUCGGGAAGCUACAUGAGCGACGGGAGCAGGACCGAGGCAGAAGACGACGCGCCGGGCGAUCUUGUGCGCAACACGUCCGUCUUCACUUGGAAGAAUCUAUCGUACACUGUCAAAACGCCGUCUGGCGAUCGACGGCUCUUGGACAAUGUGCAGGGCUGGGUCAGGCCCGGAAACCUCACUGCGCUCAUGGGGUCCUCUGGCGCCGGAAAGACCACCCUGCUGGAUGUCUUGGCCCAGCGCAAGACUGAAGGGACGAUUCGAGGAUCGAUUUUGGUGGACGGAAGACCACUUCCCGUGUCGUUCCAACGAUCUGCCGGCUACUGCGAACAGCUCGACGUGCACGAGUCGUACGCGACCGUCCGUGAGGCGCUCGAGUUCUCGGCUCUGCUUCGACAGAGCCGCGAGACGCCCCGGAGUGAGAAGCUUGCCUACGUGGACACCAUCAUCGACCUGCUCGAGCUUCACGAUCUGGCCGACACGCUCAUCGGGGAGGUCGGCGCAGGACUGAGCGUCGAGCAGCGAAAGCGCGUGACGAUUGGAGUUGAGCUCGUGGCCAAGCCCAGCAUUCUCCUCUUCUUGGAUGAGCCUACAUCUGGCCUCGACGGACAAUCUGCCUACCACACGGUUCGGUUCCUACGAAAGCUGGCGGCAGUCGGUCAGGCGGUGCUUGUCACGAUCCAUCAGCCGUCCGCACAACUCUUCGCCCAGUUCGACACGCUGCUUCUUCUCGCCAGAGGCGGACAAACCGUGUAUUUCGGCGACAUUGGCGAGCAGGCCUGCGUCGUCAAAGAUUACUUUGAUCGAUAUGGCGCGCCCUGCCCGCCUGGCGUCAACCCGGCGGAGCACAUGAUUGACGUCGUCUCCGGUGUGCUCUCGCAGGGCAAGAACUGGAGCGACAUAUGGCUGUCUUCGCCAGAGUACGAAAAGAUGACGGCCGAGUUGGACGACAUGAUUGAGCGCGCUGCCGCGUCCCCUCCCGGGACCGUGGACGACGGCCACGAGUUUGCGACGUCCAUGUGGGAACAGAUCAAGCUGGUGACGCACCGGAUGAACGUAUCGCUGUACCGCAACACGGAUUACGUGAACAACAAGCUCGCGCUGCACAUCUUCUCUGCGCUCUUCAACGGCUUCUCCUUUUGGAUGGUUGGCGACACCGUCGGCGACUUGCAACUCAAGCUCUUCACCAUCUUCAACUUCAUCUUCGUGGCUCCCGGCGUCUUGGCCCAGCUCCAGCCGCUCUUCAUCCACCGCCGUGGCAUCUUUGAGGCUCGCGAGAAGAAGGCCAAAAUGUACUCGUGGGUGGCGUUCGUCACGGGCCUGAUUGUUUCCGAGAUCCCCUACCUUGUCAUCUGCGCAGUGCUGUACUUUGCGUGCUGGUACUACACCGUCGGCUUCCCAUCGAGCUCCGAACGAGCCGGCGCGACCUUUUUCGUCAUGCUCAUGUACGAGUUUCUGUACACGGGCAUGGGGCAGUUCAUCGCCGCCUACGCCCCGAAUGAGGUGUUUGCGACCCUGGUGAACCCGCUGCUCCUCGGAACGCUCGUCUCCUUCUGCGGCGUCUUGGUGCCAUAUGCGCAGAUCCAGCCCUUCUGGAGGUACUGGAUGUACUACCUCAAUCCGUUCAACUAUCUGAUGGGCAGCAUGCUGGUAUUCGACCUCUGGGGAAACAAGGUCACCUGCUCGCCAAGGGAGCUGGCCACGUUUGAUCCGCCCAACGGAACCACCUGUGGAGGGUACCUCGAGGAUUACCUGGCGCGGGGAGCAGGGAGCGUGGCCAACCUUCUCAACCCAGAAGCAACGACUGCCUGCAAAGUAUGCUCGUACACCGAGGCACAGGACUACCUCAGGACGCUCAACCUGAAGGAGUACUACUACGGGUGGCGAGACGCGGGCAUCGUCGCUCUCAUGGUGUUCAGCUCGUAUGCCUUGGUAUAUGCGCUGAUGAAGUUGAGGACCAAGACUUCGAAGAAGGCAGAGUAG